CCGCAGCCCCGCCCGCCACCGCCGUCGCCAUGUUGUGGCUCCCGCAGCCGGCGCUGGGGACGCGCGCGGCCGAGCCCGGGGCCUGCCGCCGCCGCCGCCGCCAGGUGGUGAUUGGACUCUAGACCAUGUGCCUAGGUAGUUUUUCCUUUCUCCGCAGCUCUACUCCCCCAGCAACGCUCACCACACCCUUGUUUUGAGAACCUCACUAAGCUCUUGUCAGCAUCCAGCCAUGGGGGAUAUGAAAACCCCAGAUUUUGAUGACCUUCUGGCUGCCUUUGACAUCCCAGAUCCCACGAGUCUUGAUGCCAAGGAGGCCAUCCAGACUCCUAGUGAGGAGAAUGAGAGUCCCCUGAAGUCUUCAGGCAUGUGUAUGGAUGAGAAUGUGUCCUUGUCUCACUCAGGAUCAGCCCCAGAUGUGCCGGCUGUGAGUGUCAUUGUCAAGAACACCAGCCGCCAAGAGUCAUUUGAAGCAGAGAAAGACCACAUUGCUCCUAGUCUCCUACACAAUGGAUUUCGGGGCUCAGACCUGCCUCCAGACUCCCACCACUGUGGGAAGUUUGAGUCUGCUUUUAUAAAUGGAGACAGUACUAGGAGUUUCACGAGCAAGCUAGAGGCUUCCAAGUCGGAGCCAUUACCUACCUUCAACCAGUUCAGCCCAAUCUCUAGCCCAGAACCCGAGGACCCUGUCAAAGAUAAUGGGUUUGGGAUAAAGGCCAAGCACUCUGAGAGUUAUUUCCCACCACCUCCCGGGGCUGUGGGGGGCCCAGUCCUGGAAGCUCUGUCUAAGUUCCCAGUCCCAGAGCUACACAUGUUUGAUCACAUUUGUAAGAAAGAACCCAAACCAGAACCCUUGCCUUUGGAGAGCCAGCCGGAGCAGGAGCAGGUUGGGCAGAAGGUGGUGGAGCCUCACAAAGGUCUGGAUACCAGUCGGUUCUUUGGGGAAGCUUUAGAAUUCAAUAGUCACUCUAGCAACAGUAUUGGAGAAAUCAAGAAGCUGGCUCCAGAGCUUAGUGCUUGCUCCUCCGUCCCCCCUAGGCAGCGUCUGAAGCCAGCCCAUUCCAAACUCUCCUCUUGUGUCGCAGCCUUGGUGGCCCUACAGGCCAAAAGGGUGGCCAGUGUUGCCAAGGAGGAUCAGCCUGGUCACACAAAGGAUUCCUCAGGGCCCACUAAAGAGGGUUCUAAAGGCAGCCCCAAAAUGCCCAAGUCACCAAAGAGUCCCCGGAGCCCUCUGGAGGUCACUAGAAAAAGUAUCAAGCCAUCAGACAGUCCUCGGAGCAUCUGCAGUGACAGUAGCAGCAAAGGGUCCCCUUCUGUGGCUGCCAGCUCCCCACCAGCAAUUCCCAAAGUUAGAAUCAAAACAAUUAAGACAUCAUCAGGGGAAAUCAAACGGACUGUCACAAGGAUCCUUCCAGACCCUGAUGACCCAAGUAAGUCCCCUGUUGAGUCACCUGUAGGGAGCACCAUUGCUGAGGCCCCAAGUGAGAUGGCAGGGGAUGAGGGCACAGCCAUGCCUACGGAAGAGCACUUUCCUGAGGCAGGCAUAAAUUCAGGGAGCCCCCAGGGUGACAGGAAAGGGGAUGAGAGCAUGAUAAAGGCCAGUGACUCUUCAUCUCCCUGCCGCAUCUCUGGGCCCCGGGUCUCAAAAGGAGCUGCCCUGAACUCGCAGGCAACAAAGAAGCAACAGAGCACAGCACUUCAGACAUCAACCCCAGCCCCUGCCAGUCUCUUGCCCAAAGCUGUGCACUUGGCCAACUUGAACCUGGUCCCCCACAGUGUUGCUGCAUCUGUGACUGCCAAGUCCUCAGCACAGAGACGGAGCCAGCCUCAGGUCACACAAAUGACAGUGCCCCUGGUCCACCAGGUGAAAAAGGCCGCCCCUCUGAUUGUGGAGGUCUUCAACAAGGUCCUUCACAGCUCCAACCCUGUGCCCCUCUAUGCGCCAAAUCUCAGUCCACCUGCAGACAGCAGAAUCCAUGUGCCGGCCAGUGGGUACUGCUGCCUGGAGUGUGGAGACGCGUUUGCCUUAGAGAAGAGCCUGAGCCAGCACUACAGCCGGCGGAGUGUCCACAUCGAGGUGCUGUGUACACUGUGCUCCAAGACACUGCUCUUCUUCAACAAGUGCAGCCUGCUUCGGCACGCCCGUGACCACAAGAGCAAGGGGCUUGUCAUGCAGUGUUCUCAGCUGCUUGUGAAGCCCAUCUCCGCAGACCAGAUGUUUGUGGCGGCUCCUGUGAAUUCCUCGGCACCAGCAACCCCAGCAGCUUCUUCCUCCCCUAAACCCAGCCCUCCUUCCAGCUAUGCCAGCCCUGUAAUUCCAGCCUUGCCGCUUUACCCAGACCCGGUGAGGCUCAUCCGGUAUGGAACCAAGUGUCCUGAGUGUCACAAGCAGAUGCGAGACUAUAUGGUCCUGGCUGCACAUUUCCAGAGGAUAACAGAGGAAACCGAGGGGCUAACUUGCCAGGUAUGCCAGAUGCUGCUGCCAAACCAAUGUAGUUUCUGCGCACACCAGCGGAUUCAUGCGCACAAGUCCCCCUACUGCUGCCCGGAGUGUGGCGUCCUCUGCCGCUCUGCUUACUUCCAGACUCACGUGAAGGAGAAUUGUCUGCACUAUGCCCGGAAAGUGGGCUACAGGUGCAUCCAUUGUGGUGUCAUCCACCUGACUUUGGCCUUGCUGAAAAGCCACAUCCAGGAGCGACACUGCCAGGUUUUCCACAAAUGUGCAUUCUGUCCCAUGGCCUUCAAGACUGCCAGUAGUACGAUGGACCACAGUACCACCCAGCACCCUACCCAGCCCCACAGACCCUCCCAGCUAAUUUAUAAGUGCUCCUGUGAAAUGGUCUUCAAUAAGAAGAGGCAUAUCCAACAGCAUUUUUACCAGAAUGUCAGCAAGACACAAGCGGCUGUCUUCAAGUGCCCCGAGUGCCCACUCCUGUUUCUACAGAAGCCAGAAUUAAUGCAGCACGUCAAGAGUACCCACGGUGUUCCCCGGAACGUGGAUGAGCUGUCAAGCCUCCAGUCUUCAGCGGACACGGCUUCUAGCCGCCCUGCUUCUCGUGCUGCCACUGAGCCCCCAGCCACAAGUGGAGCUGCUAGAGGCAGCUCGCUGACUGCUGGCCGCUGGGGCCGGCCAGAAGCCCACCGCAGAACUGAAGCAAGGCCACGGAUGAGGAGCACUGGUUGGACCUGCCAAGAGUGCCAGGAGUGGGUUCCUGAUAGAGAGAGCUAUGUGUCCCACAUGAAAAAGAGCCAUGGUCGGACACUGAAGCGGUACCCAUGCCGGCAGUGUGAACAGUCCUUCCACACUCCCAGCAGCCUGCGCAAACACAUACGCAACAACCACGACACAGUAAAAAAGGUCUACACUUGUGGGUACUGCACUGAGGAUAGCCCCAGCUUUCCUCGACCCUCUCUGCUAGAGAGCCACAUCAGCCUUAUGCACGGUAUCAGAAACCCUGAUUUGAGCCAGACGUCCAAAGUCAUACAGCCAGGUGGACAUUCCCCUCAGGUGAACCAUCUGAAAAGAGCAGUCAGCAGAGUAGCAGACGCUCCAGGCACUAGCAAUGGCGCAACUGUUCCCUCUACCAAAAGGCACAGGUCCGUAUUUCAGUGUGCAAAGUGCAGCUUUGCCACAGACUCAGAGCUCGAAUUCCAGAGCCACAUACCUCAGCACCAGGUGGACAGCUCCACAGCCCAGUGUCUCCUCUGUGGCCUGUGCUACACGUCUGCUAGUUCCCUCAACCGCCACCUGUUCAUAGUCCACAAAGUGAGAGAUCAGGAGGAGGAAGAGGAGGAAGAAGAGAUUGUGGAAGUGAAGGUGGAAGCCACAGACCCAGAGGCAUGCUCUGCAGAGGAGGUGGCCAUGGAGACUAGAGAGAAUGGACUGGAAGAAUGUGCCAGUGACCCUUUGGUGGCUGACCUAAAGCCAAGGAGGUCGCUAGGCCUGACUCUGGACGAAUACAGUGCCCAAGCCCCUCAGAAUCAACCACAGGCCUCUCAGGACCAGAACAGCCAUGCACUAUCUCCUCAGGUGUGACCAGAGGCCUUGUAGCCAUCCGUCAGGCUGUGGUGCCCUCCACCUGCUGUGCAGACUGUGGGAAAUAAAAAGCUCUGCCCCAGUGUUUGUGUGGCCACUGUGCUCUGGAACAGUGUCUGUUCUGAGCUGUAGGUUCUGGCUGUCUCCCAGCCCCAGAAAAUGUGGGGUCACCCAGAAUCCCUCAUAGCUCUGAAUUUGUUUCUGUUAUUUAUGGCUUAAUGCUGCUUCUUGGUACUCCAAUUCUCAUUCACGUCUCUCCAUCCCCAGGCUACUUAGGUAGUGCAACCUCAGUGCUGUCAACUCAGCUUGCAACCUCUCAGUAGCUGUGCUCUGGGCUCCCUACCUGCUGUGUUCAGUUGGAGACACCUCAGAGUUCUAUUUCCCUGCACACACCAGCUCUCCUUCCUGCCUUCAGAGCCCACAAAGGAGGGGAAUGAAGGGUGCUGGCCGUUCCUCUGGGAACUCAAGCCCAGCCUGGCUUGGUGAGGUCCCUUGCUCGGCCUUUCCUUCCUGUCUUUUUUUGAUUCUUUUCCCCAGAAACAUCCUGAGGACUUCUCCUAUCACACUGAUCAUGUCUCUGUGGGUGGGAGAAAUGGCAGUACACUCCUGUGUGGAACUGAGGAGAACAUGAAGUAUGGCUAAGGCAGGCAGGUGCCAAGAGCCAGACCCUCUGUGGGGUCUGUGCCGGGUCUUCCUUCUGCUGCUGUCCCGCAACCCCUGACAGGCAGGGCGUGGGCACACAGACAUUGGGAUGUUUGUAUUCUUGCUCCUGUGCCAUUAGGGAGGCUGCUGCCUCAGGUAGGCCGGCCCUCCUCCUCUCAGCUACAUUCUUGUUGCUCAGACUAUAUUUCAAUAAAAAAAAAAAAAAUCUUAUCAUGCAGGUAGGCUCUUGUAAUUCUCUUCGGGUGAGCUAGCCCUUCCCUGCUCCACCUGAGGUUCUUCCCAGACAGCCCCGACUGCCUCAUCUGAAGGAAAAGUGUUUCCUGGAAGCUCUAAAUUCUGGAGCUCUGUUAGGAAAACCGGGGGUCUUGGUUCCCUGGAGAUCUCUCUGGAGCAAGGGAGCAGGGCUGUGAAUAGUGGUCGAGAGCUGCCUCAAGGCCUCUGGUCUAGUUGCAUUGACCUUAAGGCCUCUUGAUAUUCUCUGGGUAUCUUUCUGUCAGAGGGUUUUCAACCCAAGAGAUUCUUGGUGAGGGCUGUAGAGAAGGAACUCUGUGACGUUCAUAUAGCAUUCAGAGACAAUUGCCACUGCCACAGCAAACUCAGACUUGAUAGAGUUGAGAUUAGAUGAGAGGUGGGGCCUGCCUGAGCACAAGGAACAGGUUGUGGGAAGGUGUUCUCUGACCCAACUGGCCUGGGUUAGGCCCACCAGGAUCCUGUGCAGCACAGGGAAGGGGUACUGGCUGAGUUCUUAGACUUGAUCUUUCAAGGGAGGCAUGACACUAAUUAGGAAUCCAAUUGGAUAAAUAUGCAUAACCUUUUCACAAUCGAGGACUUUCUCCCUUUUCUAUCAAAUGCCAAAUUUUUAGUGAAAGGCUAAUGGAAACAGUUAGUGCUUGCCUCAGAUUCAGAGACGCUCUGCUGUCCAUACCAUUUUAAUGAGCAUUCUUCCUGGCAAGGCCUCCACCUUCCUGCUUCCCCAGCUGCCAGUUGAGAGAAGCCAGCCCUGUUGAGCAGGCCCGGAGCUAACCACUGUCCCUUUCCCAAUUCCAUCACCUACUCUGGUUUCUCUUGAGAUCCUAUCAAUCUUUCACCUCAUGCUAAUCCCCAUUGCAGGGAGCCUCUGCACACCCCCUUCCCCCAUCAUUCAUGAGAGCAGGUUCUUAAGGAGGUAGCUAGAGGGCUUUGAGCUGUGUGGCUGCACUUCCUCCCACUCAGAAACCAUGGGAGCUGGAACACAGAAAGUGGAGAAACUGUGGAGCGACUGUCCUCGUGCCAGAUCCAGCCGCUUGGAGUGCUGAGCCAUGGCUUGAGCUCUUGCUGCUCUUAAACAGUUCCUGGCACGCCUCGUCCUCACAGGCUCUUCCCCCUCAGAGCAGAACUAGGAAUCCCCAUCCGGCUCCUUCAAGACUUGGAUGAGAUCAUGAGUGUGCAAGCACUCCCUAGUUUCCAGAAUAGCCUGUGGAUAUGGGGGUUCUGUGCUUCUGGACCUGGGGGCUGGCACAUCUCUCAUCUGCUGCUCACCAUGUGGGUUAUCAGUUAAGGCUUGGCCUAUCCAUUAUUCAGUGAUGAUGAAGUUAGCAUUUCCAGUCCUCAUCAUGCCCAGUGUCUUGUUUAACUCUUACCAGAGACUUUAAUUCUCCCAAGGCUCUCAGUUCUCCUUCUAUUUGACAGAGAAGAAAAUGGCCUCAGGUUAAAUGACAGAUACGGUGGGCCACCUAUGCUGAUGGUGCUGAGUCAAACCUGUCAGCCCCUGUGCUGCCUUAGUGACAGGGCUGCUCUAGCUGCUGCCAGCCCGUCAGUGGUGUGGAGCCAUCCAGAGCCCACCCUUCUGCUCUCCAGUUUGAGCUGUGUGGCUGCACUUCUUCCCACUCAGAAAUCACGGGAGCUGGAACACAGGAGGUGGAGAAGCUAAGGGUGGAGCGCUGUCCUCAUGCCAGAUCCAGCAUCUUGGAGUGGGAAACCAGGAACUGCUAUGGGAAGCCUGAGCCACGGCCUGAGUUCCUGCUGCCCUUAACCAGUCCCGAGCACCCCUAGCGUCAGAUUCUCCAUGGAGUCCACCAGUGCCUUGUCACCCCAAGGAGGGCCCUGCGUUUGCAUAUGCAGUGUCCCUGAUGUGCGUGUUCACUGGGGUUUACUUUGCCAUCUGAAACCCAUCAUUUCUGGAGCACUGUCUGGAAGAGGUUACCUAACUCUCCUGGGGAACGCACAGUCCCUCAGUCAGUAUCUCCUGAUCUCAUCGUGUUCUUUAAUGCACUAUUGUUUAUCAUCUGAGGAUGCUCGCCGUGACAGGUAUUUAUUUCCCUGCUGCAGCGAAUGCUCUCCUGAUCAAGUUAGAAAUUACCAUCCGAGCACACUGAGGCUUGACAAAUGACUCGUAUUUAUUCUUUAACUGCUUUGUCUUUGUAAAAUGAUAUGCCGAAUUGCCAUGGAUUAAUUGUUGUAAAAAAAAAAUUGCCUCUUAUAUAAAACAGUCUGGGUUUUAAAAACUUGAUGGUUGUGUUAUGGCCCCUAGAAUUCUACAUUUUGCCUUGCCCCAGGCUGAGGAACUUCUGUCCUGUUCACCAUUGUACAUUUAGCACCAGGUAAUUAAAAAAAAUUUUUUUUUGGUUUGGAAAAAAAGAUACAUACACAUUCAAAACCACAAGGCAUUUGACAAUACAAAUGAAUACACAAUAAAAAGUAAACUUCCUGAUGGAGGUUAGCCUCCAGUGCCCUCACCAGAGUUCCUCAUUGUUAUCUCUAUCUUGUGUAUCUUUUCAGAGCAAUUCUAUGCAUUUAUGAGUUUAUUAAUAUGUAUAUUUAUAUAUCUAUUUUUAAUACAAACAGUAGCAUUCUAUA